AUGGCUGUCCGAGCACUCAGAUACUCGGCUGUCGGAGCACUCCGAUACUUGGCUGUCCGAGUACUCCGAUACUCGGCUGUCCGAGCACUCCGAUACUUGGCUGUCCGAGUACUCCGAUACUCGGCUGUCCGAGCACUCCGAUACUCGGCUGUUCGAGCACUCCGAUACUCGGCUGUCCGAGCACUCCGAUACUCGGCUGUCCGAGCACUCCGAUACUCGGCUGUCCGAGCACUCCGAUACUGA